AUGCCAAUUAAAGCUAUUGAUCGAAUUUUAUUAUGUUUAUCAAAUUUUCUUAUUUUUAUUGCUUGUUCAUAUGAUUUAUUUAUUAUUAAAUAUAAUUCUAAUGUACAUUUUAUAUCACAUUGGAUAUUAUUACUCAUUUUAAUAUUUUAUAUAAUAUUAUUUUUUUUAACACGUUUAUUACCAAAUAUAUUUUCCAAAAUAUUUCUAUUUUUAACAUCAUUUUUUUUAUCAUUAUCUCUUUCAUUAUCAAUAUUUACAUUUGUAUCAACUACGAUUACAUCAACAACACAUUUAGUUAUAUUUAAUUUUCUUUUAAUUUUAUCAAUAAUAUGUUCAUUCCUAUCAAAUUUGAUAUAUUUAUUAAAUAAUACAACAUUUCAUUUUAUACAUUACAAUGAAUUAGCUGAAUUAAUUGGUUUUAGUAUUGGUUUAUAUCUAACAUCACAAUUAACAUCACUUUAUUAUCUAAUAUUAUCAUUCUUUUUCUUAAUUAUAACAUUACGUUUACGUGCUUUUCAUUCAUUUAUACUUUUAUCAUUUAAUUUAAUUUAUUUCUAUAAUUAUUAUACACCCUAUUCUUAUAUUGCAUGUUUUUGUUUUCUUAUACGUAUUCUUGGUCGACCUAUAAUUGAACUAUAUUUUAUUCCAUUGACAUCGCUUGAACGUUGGAUAUUAUUAUUACAUUUAUCAAAUUCAUAUCGAACAAUUUUUCAACGUCUUAUGAUAUGUAUUUAUUAUUUAUUGCCAUUUCGUUGUAUUUAUGUUAUUGGAUUAACAGUUCGUUUACAUGAUGAAUGGUUUAUUAUUGUACCAAUGUUUGUUAUAAGUGUAGGAAUAUGGUUUAUAUUUCGUUCAUUAACAUUUAGUUUACUUUGGAUGUUAUCAAAUAAAUUAAUUGAUUGUUAUUUAACUAUGAUUCAUACGAAUAUUGAUAAUGAAAAACAUAAAAUUUCAUUUAUUAAAUUAAUGGCAUCAAGAGGUAUUCGAUAUUUUGGUCUUAUUACAUGGCCAAUUCUUGUAUGUUCAACAUUAUUAACAUGUUUUAUUAGUUUAUUACAUUAUGAUACAUGUACAAAUUAUUCAAUUGUUUUAUUUCUUUUAACAAUUCAUUUCGAAUGUUUAAUUUUGGCACUUGUCAAACAACUUACAUCAAUUGUUGGUGGAUCAUGUAUUGGUUAUGCAUUAGUUGCACCAGCUGUUGAAAUUCGUGAUAAUGGAUUAUUUUCCAAUAGUAGAAGUGUUCAGAUUCUUUCGCAACAGGAAGCUUAUGAUAGUAGUCAACGUUGUACAAAUAUACUUAAUGGUCUUCAGCGUUUUAUGACAAAUAAUUUAAUUGAUAUAUUUGGCUGUGAUUAUUCUUCAUCUGGUAUAACCAUGAAUUUUAUUGAUACAAAAUUAAAAGCAUUUUUUGCACGUCGUACUAACGAUGGAAGACGUUAUGAUACAUAUUUUUUAUAUUUUUCUGGUCCAACAUGUGAUAAUGGUGAUAUAAUUUUAGCUGAUAAUCAAACAAUAACAUUAAAUCUUCUUCUUCAAUGGUGGUGUGAAAAUGAAACUGCAUCAUCAACAUCAAGAUUAAUUCUUUUAUUUGAUACAUUUUAUUCAUAUAAAUGGCUAAAACAAAUACGUUGUCAAACAUUUAAUAAUUCAUGUAAACCAAGUGUUUUUAUUGUUUUACAAACAUUUAAUCGACAAAAAAAGAUGCCAAAAUUAAUUGAAUUAGGUCAAGUGCGUUUAGGAAUAUUUACAGAAAUAUGGUUGAAAUUAAAUAUGAAUAAUGAAACAUCAAAACAAAGUCAUGAUUCGAGUGCAUCAUGGCGUGCCAAUCAUCUUGAACCUAAAUGUUCAUUUUCAUAUUAUUAUCCUGAAUUUAAUUUUCAUCAUCCAACAAAUGCUGAUGUUGAUAUUUAUUUAAAUGAACAUUCAUUUUUAAAACGUCUUCAUUUAAUCUAUCAUCUUUUAACAUACAUUCCAUCAUUAUUUAUCUAUCCAUUUUUAUAUACAUUCAAUUGUAUAAAACGAUGGCGAUUCCAUUUAUUAGUACCACGUGUUAUUGAUACAUAUCACGGUUUUAAAUUAUUCGUUCGAUAA